AUGGUGGUUUCUUCUUUCGCGAUCGGGCUUCUCGCGCAGAGGGUGUUCUACCUUGGAUUUAUCGACGCCUGCCUCGUAUGCUUGUUCUUUAACCUUCUCGGAGUCAUCCCAGUGUGUUACUUCUCUACCUUCGGGCCUCGGUUUGGAUUGCGUCAAAUGGUCCUUUCGAGGUUCUGGUUCGGUUGGCAUGGAGUCAAGAUCAUUGCUGUCUUCAACAUCCUUGCCUGUCUCGGGUGGUCCUCCAUUAACUCCAUUGUAGGCGCCCAGCUGAUCAAUGCCGUGAACAACGAUGUACCUGGCUUUGCUGGUGUCCUCAUCAUCUCUUUCUGCACUUUGGUCGUGACUGUCUUUGGUUACAAGAUUGUGCAUGCAUACGAAUUCUGGUCCUGGAUUCCGACAACAAUCGUCUUCAUCAUCGUCCUCGGCGUCUUUGCUCACUCUGGAGCCUUUGUCAAUAUCCCGAUGGGUGUCGGUACCAGUGAGCUCGGAAGUGCGCUUAGCUUUGGAAGUGUCGUGUACGGCUUCUCAACAGGGUGGGCGAGCUAUGCGGCGGACUACACGGUGUACCAGCCCAGUAGCCAGUCCAGAACAAAGGUGUUCUUCGCAGUCUGGGUCGGGCUUAUCGUCCCACUCCUCUUCACUGAAAUGCUAGGCAUCGCGAUCAUGACCGCCACCACGAUAAACGACGGCGACAAUAAGUAUGCACAUGCAUAUGAAGAAUCAAAAACAGGAGGCAUACUAGCUGCCGUACUCUUUGAGCCACUCGGGGGCUUUGGCAAAUUCUGCUUAAUCAUUCUCGCCUUAAGCCUCGUCGCCAGCAACUGCCCAAACAUCUACUCAGUCGGUCUGACUGUUCAGGUCUUAGGCGGACGCGUCACACAACACGUACCUCGAUUCAUAUGGACAGCAGUUGGUACAGCAGUCUACAUCGCAAUCGCCAUACCUGGUUACACGCACUUUGAAGAUGUGCUCGAGAAUUUCAUGAACUUCAUCGGCUAUUGGCUCGCAAUCUACGAAGGUAUCGCCCUUUGCGACCACUUCCUGUAUAAGCGCACGAUGGCAGCAUACGACCCGGCCAUUUACGACCAGGCUUCGCUACUUCCACCGGGAAUCGCAGCCGUUUUCGCAUUCUGUUGCGGUAUCGCGGGCAUGGUACUGGGCAUGAGUCAAGUGUGGUUCGUUAGUCCGAUAGCGCGGAAAGCCGGCGAAGCACCUUUUGGAGGUGAUAUUGGGUUUGAGCUGGGUUUCGCGUUUGCUUUUACUAGUUACGCGAUCGCGAGGAGGGUUGAGUUGAAGUACUUCGGACGAUAG